AUGGCACUCCAGUUUGAGCCCUGCCCACCCUCUAUCUUGGAGUACGACCCCGAGGGCGUAGAGUUAGGGACAGACAUGCCCGGAGCAUGGAACCACACGGCAGCAAGACUGGAGCACCAUAUUCUCUACAAAUGGUUCUCAGACCUCGAUAGCAAGUCCUCCACCUCGUGGUGCUCGCUGCAAUCAAGAAUGGCAACCUUCCAGACCCUAGACACACCACGGUCGGCCUCUACGUCUCAGACAAGCAUUUCGACACAGCCAUCACUUCUCUCUAGGCCGUCACGACCCAGGUCGUCGAAAUCGAUGCGGCAGCCGCGCUCUCGAGAACCAUCACUGGCGGUGGAGGAAUCAAGGCCCACCUCGUCGGAGAAGUCGUAUGAUCAGAUCGUGCAUUCCGAUAGAGGAGAGGGGCUGUUUUUGAUGUGCAAGCGGGACACAGUCAUUGAGCUUCGAGGAGCCUCGUCAAUGGACUCAGUAGAGGCACUUCCCCAAUGUGGUGAAUGGAACAUCGAGGAGGCACCUUCUACACCCGCAACGCCCUCGUUGAACUCAGGUUUGCUGUGUCCAGGUCGUGCUGAAGACGAGAUCACGAGGCAUAGUGGGGAGAUGGGUGAGAGGUGGAAGGGGAGAAUCAGUGGAUUGAGGAAAAGCGGGAGUCGCAUAUUUAGGAAGGGGGAGCAGCAAUAA